CAGGACACGGGGGCGGUCGCCAUGGCAACGGCACCGGAUGGGUUCCGGCAGCGUCACGGCAGCGCCCGGAAUUGGCUCCUGGAAGUGCCUCCCAGUUCCGCCGGGCGGACAACAUGUCUGACAACGAGGACAACUUUGAUGGGGACGACUUCGACGAUGUGGAGGAGGAUGAGGGCCUGGAGGACCUGGAGAACGCGGAGGAGGAAGGACAGGAGAACGUGGAAAUUCUGCCCUCGGGAGAGCGACAGCAGGCGAACCAGAAGCGGAUUACAACACCCUACAUGACCAAGUACGAGCGAGCCAGAGUCCUGGGCACCCGUGCCCUCCAGAUAGCGAUGUGUGCCCCUGUGAUGGUUGAGCUGGAAGGAGAGACAGACCCCUUGCUGAUUGCCAUGAAAGAACUCAAACUCAGUUUAAUUCCCCAAAUGGAAUUGUUUCAAAGCAGCCAUCUGAACAGACUUGUGUUCAAAUGAAGUCCUGGCAAAAAUUAAAAUAAGGAGCACGCAAGAUCCCCAUAAUCAUCCGUCGUUACCUGCCAGAUGGGAGCUAUGAAGACUGGGGUGUGGAUGAGUUAAUUAUCACAGACUGAUCAGACUCCAGCCACCAG